AUGACUCCACAUGAGACCCCCGUGGACUCUGAAGCUGCAACUAGACGUAGUGUAGAUCUCAUUAUCUUUGCUGCCCAUGUCAUUCCCGUUGUACCUCGUGACGUAAUCUUGUCAGAUUAUGCCAUCGUCAUUGACAACUCGCGUAUUGUGGCGCUGCUACCGCGUGACGAGGCCGUCACUUGUUUUGUGGGUACAAAAGAGCAUCACUUGUCCACGCACAUUGUCACACCCGGUCUUGUAAACUUGCACACACACUCGGCUAUGACGCUACUACGCGGCCUAGCGGACGACAAGACGCUUUGUGACUGGUUAGCGCAGGACAUUUGGCCCACGGAGAGUGCGUUCAUUGGCCCCGAGUUCAUCAAGAUCGGCAUGACGCAUGCGGUGGCUGAGAUGCUACGCUGUGGUACCACGUGCUGCAAUGACAUGUAUUUUUUUUCUGACGAGGUGUGUAGUGUGCUGGAGGAGACGGGAUUCCGCGGGGCGGUGGGGCAGAUCAUCAUAGAGUUCCCAGGUCCCUACGGCUCUGGUCCUGACGACUACUUCGCCAAGGCGAAACCGAAUUUAGAAAAGUACGCGCCAGGCUGCCAUGACCUCAUCACAGUCACUAUGGCACCGCAUGCGCCGUACACAGUCUCGGACAAGAACUUGCAGCGAGCGAACGCACUAGCGAAGCAACACAAGGCGCGCGUGCACAUCCAUCUGCACGAGACGGCGAGUGAGUGCUGCGACAGCGAGAACCUUAAUCGCCAGUCGAUGAGCUGCCACCAGAGUGACCAGAAGCUGCGUCCACUGGCUAAUUUGAAGCGCAUGGGGCUGCUUUCAGAGCACCUCAUCUGCGCGCAUAUGACGCAGCUUACGCCGGCUGAGAUGGACGACGUCGCAAUGGCUGGUGCUCACGUGGCGCACUGCCCGUCGUCCAAUCUUAAACUGGCGUCAGGUAUCGCCCCUGUCACCGAGAUGAUCAAGCGUGGCGUGAACGUUGGUAUCGGCACAGACAGCGCUGCUAGCAAUAACUCACUCGACAUGUUUGGCGAGAUGAAGCUGGCUGCUCUCUUGGCCAAGGCGCAGACACUUCAGAGUUCCAGUCUGCCUGCUGUCGAGGCACUGCAGAUGGCUACGCUAAAUGGUGCUCGCGCUCUCGGCCUUCAAAAGGAUAUUGGCUCCAUCGAGGUGGGCAAGCGUGCAGAUGUGAUCGCUGUUGAGUGCGAUAACAUUGAAAUGAUUCCCAUGUACAACGCCAUCAGUCACAUUGUGUACGUGGCUGGGCGUGAGCACGUCUCUGACGUCUGGAUCAACGGCAAGCACCUGCUCGACAAUCACAACCUCACGACCAUCGACGAAGUGCAGGUUAAGAAGAGCGUGCGUGAGUGGGCAGCCAACAUCUCCGCUCACCGUGAAUAG